AUGCUUUCUCAACUUCUGACUAUAACUCUUAUGCUUACUGCACAGCAUGCUGUUGCAAAGACAAACUCGUCCCACCUGCCAGAGCAGCUCUUUUUGGAUAUCCCCAUCAACGAUGUUCUUCAAAACACUUCCAUGCUGCCAUUGAUCGAGCAUUGGUCUAGCAGAUACGUUGAAGCUAUCCAGAGUAAGAGAUAUGGCGAUGCAAUUUGGGCAAGAUUCCACAUGGAGGGAGACGUCCAGGAUGGUAUCACCCAAGAUACAAAUGACACCAUUUUGGAUAUCAUCAAGGAAGAUGCAGCCGGCUACAAGGUCAAUGCUCCUGUUCAAUACGCUGAAGCCGUUGCCUUUUACGCCAGUACCAGCAGCGAAGAUACCCACUCAGAUCUCAUCAAGGCGAUUGUGGAAGCGACUCCGGACGAGAACCUUGCCAAACGUGCGACGUUCAAGAUAAACUGCGACCGCGCCAACUAUCUCGCGUCCCAGUCGGAUUGCCAGCAGCUCAUCCGUAAUAUGCUAAAGAGCAAGAUAAACAUAGGAGACACAAGGCUUGCAGCUAUUCAUGGUGGUUGCAGACUGAGGGUUGGACCCUAUCGUUCUGCUCCAGAUGUUACGUAUAACACAGCACAUGCGGUGGCUAUUCUCAUUGAAGAGAAAUGCGUGAGGAGGAUCGGAUGUUGCCAGUUUGUGUCUGGUUCUUCGCCAAAGAAUGGAGGCCACCGAAAGGUCUGUUUGAGCUCGAAACGGAGCGGAUGUCGAUAA